AAAAAGGAGGAGCAAAUAAAAAUCACCUAUAUCUACCUAGAGAAGGUGCUACUUUAAUGCAAGGAUUACUAUAAAUGGAACCAAGGCCAUGAAAUUUCAGUGUGCUUAUUCAUAUUUCAAUGUGACAGUCAUUGGGGAGAGGAAACACUUUGCUGACAGUACCAAGAAUGACUUGGAUAAAGACUGUGCUGAAGGGGGGAGACAGCAGACAGCAUGAUGGGGGCAAAUGCAUCAGUGCGCUUUACCCCCUGGCUCUGUGGUGCUCUUCUUAUUUAGGAUUUUCAAAAUAUCUUUGGUAAUCUUCUUCAGCUGAUGCCUGGCUUCGUCACGCUCUUUGCCCACUCCAUAAAGAAGGAUUGUGCGCUGGUUACAUUCAUGACUUGAAGAUUCAUCCUGAAAAACAGAAAAUGCAUUUUGAAACCCUUGUUUACAGGGAUGGGGUUCAUGGACAUGAAAUGCACUAACCGCAGCGCCUCCAUGCUGGCUCGUGCAGUGGUGGCAACCUGCCUACCUCUCAUUUCACCUCAACCUCCACUGGCAACACCCUUGUCUUUCCAGUUUGGAACUUGCUAAAGUUAAAAAAAAAAAAAAAAAGUGUCAACUGACCUGAAGGCUUAAUAGAUGCAGUUGAUGUGGGCGUGCCUUACAGAAUCACUCAAGACCUUACUGGUGAAAGCUCAGCAGAUUCUCCAUAAUAGUGUUAAGAGCUGAACUAAGGCAGACUAGGACAAAAGGAAAAUACCAGAUGCUACUCUGCAGGCUGUAUUAACUACCACUUACUGGAUACAUUCAAAUCCUUCAGAGUCAACAGAGGAACCAGGGAGCAAAGAAACACAAGCCAUGGACAACCUCACCUCUGCGCCUGGGAAUGGCAGCCUGUGCACCAGAGAUUACAAAAUCACCCAGGUCCUCUUCCCGCUCCUCUAUACUGUCCUGUUUUUUGUUGGACUCAUCACAAAUAGCCUGGCAAUGAGAAUUUUCUUUCAAAUCCGCAGUAAAUCCAACUUUAUUAUUUUCCUUAAGAACACAGUCAUUUCCGAUCUUCUCAUGAUUCUGACUUUUCCAUUCAAAAUCCUCAGUGAUGCCAAACUGGGAACAGGACCCUUGAGAGCUUUUGUGUGCCAAGUGACUUCUGUCAUAUUUUACUUCACAAUGUAUAUCAGUAUUUCAUUCCUAGGACUGAUAACCAUCGAUCGCUACCAGAAAACCACCAGGCCAUUUAAAACCUCCAACCCCAACAAUCUCCUGGGGGCCAAGAUUCUCUCUGUGGUUAUCUGGGCAUUCAUGUUCUUACUCUCCUUGCCUAACAUGAUUCUGACCAACAGACGGCCAAGUGACAACGUGAAGAAAUGCUCUUUCCUAAAAUCAGAGUUUGGUUUGGUCUGGCAUGAAAUAGUCAAUUACAUCUGCCAAGUCAUUUUCUGGAUUAAUUUUCUAAUUGUCAUUGUAUGCUACACACUCAUUACAAAAGAACUGUACAAGUCAUAUGUAAGAACCAGGGGCGUAGGCAAAGUCCCCAAGAAAAAGGUAAACAUCAAAGUUUUCAUUAUCAUUGCUGUGUUUCUUAUUUGUUUUGUUCCUUUCCAUUUUGCCCGUAUUCCUUACACCCUGAGUCAAACCCGGGAUGUCUUUGACUGCUCUGCUGAGAAUACCCUGUUCUAUGUGAAAGAGAGUACUCUCUGGUUAACUUCCCUAAAUGCAUGCCUGGAUCCAUUCAUCUACUUUUUCCUUUGCAAAUCCUUCAAAAAUUCCUUGAUGAGUAUGCUGAAAUGCUCCAAUUCUGCAUCAUCCCCAACCCACCGAAAUAGGAAAAAAGGACAAGAUGGUGAUGAUCCAAGUGAAGAGACUCCAAUGUAAACAAACUGAGGUAAUAUUUCAAUCCAUUAGUGUUUGGAACUCCUAAAAGGCAAACACUAUGUGAAAAUAUUAAUACCAAGAAGGAGCUGAGUUAGUAACAAUAACUCUUGAAACAAGUAAUAGAAGACUACAUAAACAACUUUCAUCUACUUGUCCAAUACUGAAAGCGAUCUUAAAAAGCAGAAAAGUAUCCUAACAUGUAGCUGUGCGGCAAAACAAACUGCACCCAAUCACCACGCCAUGAGCAAAACUACACAGAAGUCAUCAUGUGCAGAGGUUUAGAAAAAUGGGCGACGAUAUAAUAACAUCUACUGUAACUCUUUAAAUACAUUACUGCUCGCAACGCUAUAAUCAACUAAGAAUAAUAAAUGUGAUAAAACUUUUUGACUAUA